AUGAUGGGUGGCGAGGCUUUGAUGAAGUUGCUCGUUUUGGGUAUCGAUGCCAAAAUGGCGGUCCUUGCGAAAGACGCUUACGAGAAGACGUCUGGGAUGGUCUUCGAGUACGGGCACACGGUGUCCCACGCCAUCGAGAAAGCCUACGGGGACGGUGUCGUGCCGCACAGGUUGGGGGUGACCUACGGCAUGAUGUCGAGCUCGUAUGCGGCCAGGAAGUUGGGGAUCAUGUCGAGUGAAGAUCAUGAGCAGCACGACAAGCUUUGCAUGUUGCUGCUGCACCGUUGGAAGCUGCCCGAACCACGGCCCAGCGCCGAGCGUGUGCUGGCGCUCGCGAUGCAGGACUCCAAGCGCGGCAUCACGAGCGAGGCGGAGGACGAGAUCUCGGACGUGCUCCUGAGGAAGAUGGGCGACGUCGUCGAGACGAAGACCAGCAACCUCUCGAAGUUCCCCUGCAGCCUCGUGCACGAGUGGCUGGUCUCCAUGGGCUUCCCCGCCGAGGGCGCGCCCGCGAAGGGCGGCACGGGCGAGCCCUGA